AUACAGUAGGUGGCGGCAUGCACUUCAAACGUUUGUUUGCGGACCGCCAUGAUAUCAAAGAAGAAGAAGUAAAAAGAAGCGCGCGAGAUAGAAACUGGAGCGCGGACUAACGUCAGCGUACCCAGCCCUCCGACAAACAGAGUUUCAUGGACUAUAUACUACAAAAAACACAGAUUUGCUCGUGGUAUAUAGUUUGGGAAUCUAUGCACGACGUGGUUGACAAAAAUAUACAAUUGUAUUUUAGUUAAGGGCUUUGGUGGUAAAACGAAGAUAAAUGUCCUGGUGGUUGCGCGGAGAGGAUGGGGAGGAGGCUAUGUAUCAGGACACCGACUCUGAUGUGGCUGAACAGAGAGACUGUGGAAAGGUCAAAGUGAAAUGGACACAAGACGAGGAUGACAAUCUGAAAGCAUUGGUCCAAAGCCUGGGACCAAAUGACUGGAAACACAUAGCCAGUUUUUUACUGAAUCGCUCAGAACACCAGUGCCAGCACCGCUGGUUGAAGGUUCUGGAUCCAGAUCUGGUUAAAGGGCCCUGGACCAAAGAAGAGGACGAGAAGGUGAUACAACUGGUGAAAAGGUAUGGCAACAAGCAAUGGGCCAUAGUGGCUAAGCACUUGAAGGGCCGUGUGGGGAAGCAGUGCAGGGAACGCUGGCACAACCACCUCAACCCGGAUGUGAAGAAGUCGUCCUGGACAAAAGAGGAAGACCUCGUUAUCUACAAGGCCCACUGCAUGCUGGGAAACCGCUGGGCUGAGAUUGCCAAGCUGCUCCCCGGAAGGACAGAUAAUGCUGUGAAGAACCGCUGGAACUCAACCAUCAAGCGUAGGGUUGAGAUGGGCUUCUUUAGUGGGGUGGAUCCUACUCUGAAGCAUCAUCAGGUGGAAGCCGAGGAGGGCAUGGCCCACCACAGUAAAGAUCAGCAGAUGGACUAUGAUGGUUCAAUGGAGAGGGAUUCAGACCAAGACACUACACUGCUGGAGAAUACCAUUACAUCCACUGUGAGAGGCGGACCAAGGGAAGCAGGCUCCCACAAGGCUGUCUCUCCUCAACAGUCAAAGACACCCAAAAGUGAACCAGACACCCCAGGACGUGAGCUGAAUACCAAUAGCUGGGUGGUGGACAGCUCAGGCUUCCUCUCUCCCAACGGCUCAAGCUUAAAGGAGGUGAUGGAUAUGGUGGAUGGGGACCUAGAUGGAUGGUGCAACAUGUCUGUCUUUGAUCUGCCUGAGGAGAGCCAGAGCCCAGAGCGGACCCAGUUCCGUCUGGAGGGCAGCACCCUGCAGGAGCUGAGCAAGGGCAACCGGGGAGAGCUGAUCCCCAUCUCCCCUGGAGGAAUCACUCCACCCUCCAUACUGACCCGCCGCAGCCGCCGUCGCAUCGCUCUGUCUCCUGACUCCAACUAUUCCAGGACCCCCAAGAGCACCCCGGUCAAGGUCUUGCCCUUCUCUCCCUCACAGUUCCUCAACAUGUGGACCAAACAGGACAACUUUGAACUGGAGAAUCCAUCCCUCACCUCUACCCCAGUCUGUAGUCAGAAGUCCACGGGUACCACACAACUACACCGCGAUAAGACUCCACUCACACAGAAGGAAAACUCUGUGUUUGCGUCCAAGCUGUACUCAAACUCGGUGUUCAUCACACCCAACCAUAAGUCAAAUCUUGACAACACCCCGCGGACUCCAACUCCAUUCAAGAAUGCCAUGGAGAAGUAUGGUCCUCUGCAGCCUCUGCCUCAGACUCCGAAUGAGGAGGACUUGAAAGAAGUCCUCUUGAAAGAGACUGGGAUUGAGCUGAUCGUGACGGAUGAGAGUCCACUUGAGCAAAGACGCAAGCAGGUGCAUCGACCUACAAUGAAGAAAGUGCGUAAAUCUCUGGCCUUGGAUGUCAUGGACUGCAAAGAGACGGUCACCUCCAGGCAUCAGUCCAUUAAGUUUUUGCCCCAACCCUGUCCUAAGGCUGAGACGUCUCUCAACUCCUCGUCCUUUUGCAUGAAGAGAGAAUAUAAAGAGGAGAAUGUUCUGGAUCAGGGCUUCUGUUUAGGACCCAGGGAGAGUUGUGCAUAUUCCAACCCAGUGCCACCAACCCCAAUGUCCCAGGCAUGGGAAGCAGUGGUAUGUGGACAGACUAAGGACCAACUUAUAAUGACAGAGAAAGCAAGAUGUUACCUCCGCUCACUAAAAUCCCACGCUCCCAACCGGGCCCUCAUCCUGUCCUGAGCCCUCCCUCACUACCAAGUUCUCAUUUAUGCCGUGUUCACAUGCUAUCAGAGUUGGGGAAAUUCCUAUUUGUGUCUGGGAAGUUUCACUUAAACAACCCAAUGCAGCAUACCACCCUGCAUCCCACAGCUGGCUUGUAUCAGAAGCUAAGCAGGGUUAGUCCUGGUUGGUCCCUGUAUGGGAGACCAGAUGCUGCUGGAAGUGGUGUUGGACGGCCAGUAGGAGGCACCCUUUUCCAAUGCCCCAGGGCAGUGCCUGGGGACGUUGCCGUCUUUUGGCUGGGAAGUUAAACGGGUGUCCUGACUCUCUGUGGUCACAAAAGAUCCCAUGGCACUUAUCGUAAGAGUAGGGGUAACCCCGGUGUCCUGGCUAAAUUCCCAAUCUGGCCUUCAUACCAUCAUCCCCAGUUUACAAUUGACUCAUUCAUCCCCUCUCCACUGUAACUAUUCCCCAGUUCGUUGCUGUAAAUGGGAAUGUGUUCUCAGUGAAUUUACCUGGUAGAAUAAGGGUUAAUAAAAUAGUUGGAUUACAAGUGUGAAAAUGUUGUUGCAGAGUUGUGACGUUUUACCAGUGCCCUUUUACCUUUUCAAACAAAAGAUGACAUCAGUUUUUGACAACUACAACCUCAUCAAUAUGCUAGUUUGACGAUAUUGUCAAUGCUCGGCAAGCUAGCUGUUUAUCAAGAUUUGUUUGAAGAAUGGUUCUGACCAAAAAGUAGAUGAAUGAAACAAAUUCGUAUUUCCGUCAUCACAACUAAGAAAUAGGAAGUUCUGACAAGCACGUGAAUGUGGCAUAACUCUGCUGUGCAGACAUUUUCAUUGUGUUAAACAUGUUUAAUGUAACUAUUCCAAAGUUUGUGUUGGUAUUCUUUCAUAGCAAGGUUAUAUGUUUGUUAUAGGUUUCUAAAAGGUUUUGAAAAAAUGUUGAUGCCGUGCUAUGUUGAGCAAGCUCAACUGAACUGGAGUAGUGGAUAUUUGUAAAUAUGGGGGAAAAUGUUUAUUGUAGGGCAACUUUAUCAUGUUAUUUCAAGUUUUUCCAAAUGUAAUGUUUGAAUCUACACACACCAUUUCCUAGUAAGUUUUACCACAGCCCUUCAACAAUUGAAUAAUCCACACUUGCAUCACGUUUGUCAUACUCAGAAGUAAUGUAAAGGUCUAUCGUCUUCAUGUUUUCAUUUUGAUAUCUCAAGUAUACAUGUCAUUUUGCACUGACAUCUAUCAGUAUUGCGUUUCGGUUGUAACGGUCUCAUGCAUUUGAUUACCUGAUCAAUCAAUAAUGAAUGGAAACAAAUUGACACGUGAACAGAGAGUUGUUGGGGUUGCCGAAAUGUUUGUUUCCUAUGAUCUAUUUUUACGGUAUGUAGUCUACUAGCCAAUCUAAGGUUUAUUAUAGGCUACUAUUUUAUUAAGAAUAGAAUGUGAUGUGAAUAUGAAUCAUCAUACAUUCAGGUUGCCCUAUUCCCAUGUCCAAAGUUGUAUAGAUUUGAUAAGAUUAUGGUGCUUUGAAUUACAGAAUGUUUCUGCUGAAAACGGAUCAUUUUCUGCUUGCAGAUAAGAUGUAUGAGUAAAUCUGCU